AAUACUCUCUAAAAUCUCCCCAAUGGUAUAAGAAUUAGUUAAUUUAUUAUGGACGGAACUACAAAAUCUGCUCUCUUUGUCUGCCUUGGAAAUACUUGCCGUUCUCCAAUUGCUGAGGCUGUGUUUAUGGAUGAGGUGAAAAAAGCUGGUCAGGAGGAUAAAUGGAACAUUGACAGUGCUGCUAUUGCUAACUGGCAUGUGGGCAAAAAUCCUAAUCGUCGAUCUAUAGAAACGAUGGCUAAGCACAAUCUUCCGUUCAGACAUCAUAAAGCCAGACAGAUUAAGAAAGAAGACUUCAAUAAAUUUGAUUAUAUCUUCGGAAUGGAUCGCUGGAAUAUCAGUGAUCUGAAGGAGCGAGCUCCUGCAAAUAGUUCAGCGAAUAUCCUCCUUCUAGGGGACUUUGAUCCUGAGGGUCAGAGAAACAUCAGGGAUCCCUAUUGUGAUACUGGAUUGGAAGGAUUUGAAGAGUGCUACGUCCAAUGUGUGAGAUCCUGCAAAGCUUUCCUGGCACAAACCACCGAGGGAAGAAUUUAA